AUGUUGAUUGUGAUGGUGACGAUGUUGACUGUGAUGAUGACAAUAUCUGAUUGUGAUGAUGACGAUGUUGACUGUGAUGGUGACGAUGUUGAUUGUGAUUGUGACGAUGUUGAAUGUGAUGGUGACGAUGUUGAAUGUGAUGGUGACGAUGUUGAUUGUGAUUGUGACGAUGUUGAAUGUGAUGGUGACGAUGUUGAAUGUGAUGGUGACGAUGUUGAUUGUGAUGGUGACGAUGUUGAAUGUGAUGGUGACGAUGUUGAAUGUGAUGGUGACGAUGUUGAUUGUGAUGGUGACGAUGUUGAAUGUGAUGGUGAGGAUGUUGACUGUGAUGGUGACGAUGUUGAUUGUGAUGGUGACGAUGUUGACUGUGAUGGUGACGAUGUUGACUGUGAUGGUGACGAUGUUGAUUGUGAUGGUGACGAUGUUGAUUGUGAUGGUGACGAUGUUGAUUGUGAUGGUCACGAUAUUGAAUGUGAUGGUGACGAUGUUGAUUGUGAUGGUCACGAUAUUGAAUGUGAUGGUGACGAUGUUGAUUGUGAUGGUGACGAUGUUGACUGUGAUGGUGACAAUAUCUGA